AUGGACCGAGAUGAUGCUGCUGUUGAAGAAGAGGAAACUGGAGUUGUCCAGGACACAGAAGAAGUACAAGUUACAUCCGAAGCACCCAAAGGACAAAUGACCGUAGAAGAGGCGCUUCAGGAUGUCUUAAAACGUGCACUUGUAGUUGAUGGUUUGGCUCGUGGGUUAAGAGAAUGCGCCAAAGCUUUGGACAGGCGCCAAGCUCAUUUGUGUGUCUUGGUCGAAACAUGCACCGAUAAAGAUUAUUUGAAAUUGGUAGAAGCACUUUGCUCCGAACACAAUAUAAAUCUUAUCAAAAUAUCAGAUGCAAAGAAAUUAGGUGAAUGGGCUGGUCUUUGUAAAAUUGAUCGUGAGGGAAAUCCUCGAAAAGUGGUCGGUUGCUCUUGCGUAGUUGUCAAAGAUUAUGGUGAAGACUCCGAAGCUAGGAACGUACUUUUGGAUUAUUUUAAACAACGUUAA